GACAUUUAUAUAUAUUUCAUUAUUGCUCACAAACUGAUAAUAUUUUGGAUAUAUUGGGUAAAUUAAAUUGUUACAUCAACUCCACCUUUUUCUUGUUUCUUUUUAAAGUUGGCUACUAGAAAGUUUAAAAUUCACAUGUGGCUUAUAUUUUAUUUCAGAGGGGUUGCCUUUUUAAAAAAAUCUCAGGCUGCUUGCUCAAAUGCCAGAAGCCAGGAAGAUCAUCAAAACUGAAAUUUUAAAAUUAUUGUUAUAUAUUUUUCCUUUGUGAAUAGCCAUAUAGUAUAUUAUUUAUAAAUACAUGAAACCUUAUACACGAGGUUAAAUGCAAAUACCCUCCGGAGUGGGCCUGGCUCAGCUCAGGGAGGAAGGCCUGCCUGAAAAGGCUGCAGCUUAGGCUGUCACUCUUACUUCAUUCAGUCCAGCCUUUGGUCACGUCUUCUGUCACUCAAGGCCUGAAGGGGGCCGGGCCUUAGACGUUUUCCAAUCAGGGACGCUGAGCUGGGGACUGUCCAAUCAGGCACGCAGCUAGAGCGGACAGGGCGGCUUCCGGGAUUUGGCGGGGCCUUUGUCUCUCGCUGCAGCUGGAGCUCUUGGUCUCGUCUUCCCUGCUCUGAGUCUCCCUGCUCCUAGAGGCCCAGCCUCUGUGGCCCUGUGACCUGCAGUAUUGGGAGAUCCACAGCUAAGACGCCAGGGUCCCCCUGGAAGCCUAGAAAUGGGACCGUUAACAUUUAUGGAUGUGGCCAUAGAAUUCUCUGUGGAGGAGUGGCAAUGCCUGGACACUGCACAGCAGAAUUUAUAUAGGAACGUGAUGUUAGAGAACUACAGAAACCUGGUCUUCCUGGGUAUUGCUGUCUCUAAGCCAGACCUGAUCACCUGUCUGGAGCAAGGCAAAGAACCCUGGAAUAUGGAGAGACAUGAGAUGGUGGCCAAACCCCCAGGUAUGUGUUGUUAUUUCGCCCAAGACCUUUGGCCAGAGCAGAGCAUAAAAGCUUCUUUCCAAAGAAUAAUACCAAGAAAAUAUGAAAAAUGUGGACAGCACAAUUUACAGUUAAAAAAAGGGUGUAAAAGUGUGGAUGAGUAUAAGGUGCACAAAGGAAGUUAUAAUGGAUUUAACCAGUGUUUGUCAACUACCCAGAGCAAAAUAUUUCAAUGUGAUAAAUAUGUGAGAGACUUUCAUAAAUUUUCAAAUUCAAAUAGACAUAAGACUGAAAAGAAUCCUUUCAAAUGUAAAGAAUGUGGCAAAUCAUUUUGUGUUCUUUCACACCUAACUCAACAUAAAAGAAUUCACACUACUGUCAAUUCCUACAAACUUGAAGAAUGUAGCAAGGCUUUUAAUGUGUCCUCAACGCUUUCUCAACGUAAAAGAAUUCAUACAGGACAGAAACACUACAAAUGUGAAGAAUGUGGCAUAGCCUUUAACAAGUCCUCACACCUUAACACACAUAAGAUAAUUCAUACUAGAGAGAAAUCCUACAAACGUGAAGAAUGUGGCAAAGCUUUUAACAUAUCCUCACACCUUACUAAACAUAAGAUAAUUCAUACUGGAGAGAAUGCCUACAAAUGUAAAGAAUGUGGCAAAGCUUUUAACCAGUCAUCAACCCUUACUAGACAUAAGAUAAUUCAUGCUGGAGAGAAGCCCUACGUAUGUGAACAUUGUGGCAGAGCUUUUAACCAAUCCUCGAACCUUACUAAACAUAAGAGAAUUCAUACUGGUGAUAAACCUUAUAAAUGUGAAGAAUGUGGCAAAGCCUUUAAUGUGUCCUCUACCCUUACUCAACAUAAGAGAAUUCAUACUGGGGAGAAACCUUACAAAUGUGAAGAGUGUGGCAAAGCCUUUAACGUGUCCUCAACUCUUACUCAACAUAAGAGAAUUCAUACUGGAGAAAAACCAUACAAAUGUGAAGAAUGUGGCAAAGCCUUUAACACAUCCUCACACCUUACCACACAUAAGAGAAUUCAUACCGGAGAGAAACCCUACAAAUGUGAAGAAUGUGGCAAAGCCUUUAACCAGUUCUCACAACUUACUACACAUAAGAUAAUUCAUACUGGAGAGAAACCCUACAAAUGUAAAGAAUGUGGCAAAGCUUUUAAGCGGUCCUCAAACCUUACUGAACAUAGGAUAAUUCAUACUGGAGAGAAACCCUACAAAUGUGAAGAAUGUGGCAAAGCUUUUAACCUAUCCUCACACCUUACUACACAUAAGAAAAUUCAUACUGGAGAGAAACCCUACAAAUGUAAAGAAUGUGGCAAAGCUUUUAACCAAUCCUCAACCCUUGCUAGACAUAAGAUAAUUCAUGCUGGAGAGAAACCCUACAAAUGUGAAGAAUGUGGCAAAGCUUUUUACCAAUACUCAAACCUUACUCAACAUAAGAUAAUUCAUACUGGAGAGAAACCCUACAAAUGUGAAGAAUGUGGCAAAGCCUUUAACUGGUCCUCAACUCUCACUAAGCAUAAGGUAAUUCAUACUGGACAGAAACCCUACAAAUGUAAAGAAUGUGGCAAAGCUUUUAAUCAAUGCUCAAACCUUACUACACACAAGAAAAUUCAUGCCGUAGAAAAAACUGACAAAUAUGAAGAAUGGACCGGUGGCAAAGCUUUUAACCAAUUAACAACUCACUAUACAUAAGAUAAUUUAUACUGGAGAGAAACCCUAGAAGUGUGAAUAAUGUGGCAAAGCCUUUAACAAGUCCUUAAUUCUUAGCAGACAUAAGAGAAUUACUGGAGAGAAAUUGUACAAACCUGAAUGAUAUAACAAUGCAGUUGACAACACCUGAACAUUUCUAAACACCUUUAAAUGGUUGUCACACUUGAUUGUAGGUAAAAUACUUCAUACUAGAGCUAGAAACCUCUACAAGUGUGAAGAAUGUGGCAAAACAUUUAACCAAUGCUGACACUUUAUUGGACAGGGAAUGAUUUAUACUUGAGAAAAAUUAUGCAAAUGUAAAGAAUGUGAAGAAGCCAUUAAUAUCUGCUCACAUCUUAUUCAAUAUCAGAGAGUUCAUACUUAAUAGAAACAUUAAAAAUGAAAUUACUGUCAAUAGAUUUUUCAGAAAAUAUAAGCCUUUAAAGUGAAGAAGAGUAUUUAUUUUGAAGACAAGCAUUAAAAUAUCAAGAGUGAGCUGGGCAUGGUGGCUCACGCCUGUAAUUUCCGCACUUU